UCAAAAUUAAAUUUACACCGCGCUUACCGAACUUGUACAUCAAAUAACAAUAAUUCAUAUAAAAUAUACGUUAUUUUAUCUUAUUUAAAGUAGACUUAAGUUUAAUUAUAAAUAUUUCUUAUUACGAUAACAAUGAAACUAUAAUGAAAGAACUAAUAUAAUGUCGCAUAACCUGUAGGAUUAUAAAAAAGCCGUUUCGUUUUAGUAAAAGUAGGAUCAAAUAAGUGUAAAUUAUGCAAAAGUUACAAGAGAGUGUGUUUUCUAUUGUUAAAACAACUAGUCUUUCAUCCGCUGUUUUCAGUUUUUUACAACCAACUGAGGAUUUUUUAGAAAAAACGCCUUUGGGGGGUAUUCUCCGGGAUACAAAGUAUGCGUGGCUUGCUCUUGGGCCUAAAUUUUGUGUUGUUGAUUUAAGAAGUGGUUUGAAAAUAGCGGCGCGGACAUUUGGUAAUGGUAUAAGUAGCCGCAUCUCCGUCACAAGUGUUGUCGAAAUUCCAACACCGCUCACAGAUAACUCUCAACAACUAAUAAUAAGUCUAGAAUGUGAUGAUACCACGAGUCUUAUUUGUGUCUUUCACAUAAACGGCUCUCAGCUGCUCCGCUGUAUACAAACUGAUGUUGUUAUCACAGAACUAGCAGUUUGUGAUGGAUUGCCAAAUGGACCUCUUAUGUGUUUUAAUGGAUUGGUUAUGGCUGGCACUCGUAAAGGAGAGAUAAUUAUAUUCGACCUUAAUAGAGCCAGUUUGAUACAAGCAUUAAAAGACUUAUCACAAGGCUAUGAACAACUUGUCCGUGGUGAGAACAAUGUUGCCAAUCUCAUAUUCCUGCCUUUUAAAGCAGUUAAUAAAAUUGAGAGUCAAAGAGAAUUGGCAGUUGAAAAUGACGAUCAUUUAGCACUUCUAUUGAAUGAGGACUCUUUUCUUGAUGGCCAGUUCAUAUUUCGAAAUCCAGAUGGAACAGUCCGUAUGAAAGCCAAACAAAGUCAUAUAAGAGUGACGGUCGCACAGUAUAUACCACAAUUAGGAAGUUUGGCUGUGGGAUUUAAUUUUGGAGCAUUUCAAAUUUGGAAUAUUUUAAAUUUAGAACUUGAGUUCACUUCUCAAGUUAAUGUUGAAUGCCUGCCAGUUACACAUUUUGGAUUCCAGGAGCCAUGUGAUGAUCCAAGAGCAUUUUGUUAUCUGUGGGUAGUUUUUUCAGUUUUGGAAAGGUUUGAAGAGGAAGAAUUUCCUUUGGCUGUGAUGUAUUCUUUAACUUAUCAGGGAAAGAGAAUGCUUUCUGAUACUAAAUGCCUCUAUCAGGAAUUUUCAAUGGCAACAAUUCGCUUCCAAAUAGAACUAUCAGCUGUUGAAGUGACAUCCGAAUUCAUUGGCGGCAGAUGUAUUUCCUGCCACACAUACUCUAUUAGUUCUACUCUUGGGGAAGAAGGAGAAGAUACAAUGUUAAAUCUAUGUCAGUUAGUUUGGGAAUGUUGGGGCGAAAACCAGAAUACAGGGACUCAACAUGGAAUGCUUUUAUUUGAUCUAGAUCAGUGGUACAAAGACCAAAUGCCGGCGACUCAACGUCUCGAAAGCAACGCAUUCAUGAGUACAGCUCGAUGUCCUGAAGUCAACCGUGGAUCUUGUCUGACACUCGACUUGCGGCUGGACCCCACUUCAGUAUCUCCAUACUCGCACGCCACAAGACUUGAAGAGCAUUUUUACCCUAAUUCAUUGCAGUAUGACUGCAUCUGGCUGAACACGUCGGAGUCGAGCGUGCUGCACACGGUGGGCGUGCAGCGGCAGCUGGUGCGCGGCGUGAGCGCGGCCGGGCCCGCGUGCCUGCUGGCGCCCGCGCCGCUCGCGCUGCUGUGCCGCGCCGCCGGCCUCGCGCCGCUCUACUCGCCCGCGCGGGACCAUCCCACCACGGAUGAACAAAGGCGAUUUCUGCUCUCGGUCGCAUUAGAAGCUCGACUUUCCCGCUUUUUAAAGCGCUGUGCGCAUGAUUGGGCCACUGGCACACAUAGCGGUGUCGGCUGUACACUAACUUUUUUGGUCGAUUGGAGUUGGAAACGUGCUAUUGAAUUAAAAGAGAAUGCCAAGGAACUCACUGCGCCAUUAUUUACAUCGUCCACUGCGCCAGAUAGAAAUGUAGUACGCUGUCUCGAACACUGCGUCCAACAGCUGACACAACUCACGGGCUUAUUGGAUGCUGUUCUCACGAAAUGCUGCAACCUUGUUGUGCCAGAUGCACUUAGCGAAAUGGAAGAGAAGUAUAAAGGUAUAGGCACUGUGUCUUUGUACUUCCAAGUAGUGCAGUGGUUUGUUCGAGUAGGCUUACUGCCUGAGCGACUUCACUCGUAUAACGCCUUACCAUAUCCCGCUCAUCAACUGCAGGCUACAUAUAAUAAACGUCGUGUGAAACUUCACCGAUUGCAAGACAAGUCCGAGGACGAGUCGGCCAACAAAUCUUGUACCUUGCUCUACAUCGAUCAACUCAUUGAAAAUGAGUUUGGUGGUGAGAGAGUCCAUCAAAUGUGGCUGAAAGCUGGUAGUGAGUGUGGCGGUCUUUACCCCCCACCCUCGCUCUACGCUCUGCUGCGACUGUACCUGCUACCCGACAUUGCCGAGGAACAUAAACACUCGCUGUUGCUUUACCUACUGUUGGAUUACUCCAUGCUUUAUGAUGAAAUGAGAUACGAAGCGGUGAUUCGCCGCCUUAUGCAGUUCCCCACCAUGUUCGGUCUUAGCAACACCGCUAUCAAAGCCACGCAGGCCUUCUGGCAUCUCGACCAUCGGGACUUCGAUUUCGCACUGGACCAGCUCCAAUGCCUAACCGGCAAUACAUUAUCCGACUGGCAACAUCACGUUGUUUUGUCUUCGCUACUCGCUCAGAAGAAGACGCAAGCGGCCCUACAAUACCUGCACGUUAGGAAACCCGCACCCAUUCAAAACAUUAAAGAUGGUGAAGUAAACGCUGUUAACGAUCACGAUAAGUUGGACGAUUGGCAGUCGUGUUGUGAUCUGUACUUGGCGAGAGGAUUGGUGUUCGAAGCCCUCGAUGUUAUAAGGAUGUGCGUCCAAAAUGCUGCAACAGCUGAUGACAAAAUUCAUCUACUUAAUUUCUUCUAUAAAGGAUGCCGCAACACCGGUCAACUGUCAAAAGUUCUGCAAGUCACCUUGCUACCGUUCGAAGAGGAAGUGUUCAUAAAGUAUUUGAAAGAUUGCAACGAGCCUCAGACGUCAGAUAUUCUCGUCAUGUAUUAUCUGCAACAGGCGAGGUACCUGGAGGCGGAGCGCUACAACGAGGAGCUGAAGGCGCGCGGCGCGGCCAGCGACGACCCCGCGCGCGACGCGCUCGUGGAGCUGCUGCGCGCCGCCCUGCCCGCCGUCGCCGGCCGCGUGGCGCGCGUCGCCGCCGCGCGCGACCACACGCGCGUUAUAAAAUCGAAACCGAUGUCAGUCUACGUCCAAGCCACAUCUCCUAAGAAUACUUUUACAUACAAAUCAACUUUUAUUCAGGAUACUAUUGAAAAUGCAAGUGAAACUUGGAUCAACAAACCCAAAAUGAGGAAAGGUCUCAAACGAGCGCUAAAUAUAGAAGAAACACCAUUUAUUUGCACUCCUAAGUUAUAUAAAACAAAAAGCAUUGUAAGCUCAGAACAAAAAGGCAGCGAAGCGACACCACCGAAGCGAGCGAAACUCGACUUUACGGGAACGCCACGUACGCCCAAAAACCCGUGCACGCUCAAAGUGAGCGAAACCCUCAGCCGACAGAUGGCCAGCUUACUCGACAUGCCCGAAGUAGAAAGUCCUCAUAAACAGUACGAGAGAAGUGGAGCUGAAACUCCACAUAGCAUUUUGAAGAAUCGUCGCUUAGAAAGUCGCAACCAAGAGGCUCCAUCGCCCGUUGAUUCUCGCUACCUGGAUAGUGAUGAGGAAUUAGAAACUGCAAGCAACCAUACGCAUUACAGUGAUUCCAACAAGUUAUUAAGGUUCACAAUCCCUACCGCGUCUGAGGCUGGGUCUACUCCAUCCCCUGUGCCCAUACCUGUUACAAUGAAUGCGAUGAAAGAAGAAUCUUCAGAAAGAGAUCUGGCUUAUGAAGAGAGUGACAAACAUUCUUAUAAGAGUGAAUCACACCCGAUGGAAUCACCUCCGAAGAAAUUCGCCGCUGAAGAAAAGACACCAUCGAGGAAAUCGUAUAAAGACAAUGUUAGAGCCAGAAAAUCUCUAUCGAUAUCAGCUAAUAGUAGUCUCUCAGACGACCCUAACACGUCAAUAGAAAGCAUAGCGGAUAUACCUAUUACUUUAAUUAAUCCGCGUUACUUGGGAGAUAAGAAGUAUAAUAGAUGCUCGCCAAUACACUUAAGUGAAAAAGAGUCAGGAAAUGAAGAAGAUCGAAAUCUGGAAGUAGAGAGUGAGAUGGGAGAUAGAAUUCAAGAUAAUUUCGUACCACAGACUCCAAAAAGCAGGAGAAGUAUUCGGACUGGUGUUAAUGAAAGUACUCCUUUGGUUAAUCGAAGUCGCCCUACGACCCCAGAAAGGCAAGAUUCACCUGCAACUCUGCGUGUCGACAGAACAACCAGGAGCCGCUCUCGCACGCCGGAGCUCAGUCCGCGCUCGAGUCUGGCGCCCAUCCCCGAGCAGCCGCAGGAAGUGGACAGCGCCCCCCCACGCAGGAGUAGAUCUCGUACCCCGGAGACAUUGGAAAAGGUGGUCAAGGUGCCGCCCAAAUUAGAAACCAUCAAGGAAUCUGCUAAACUAGGAGAAUCACCGAGUUCGUCUCCAACUCGACGUAGUUUGAGAAGCCGUUCCCGUACUCCAGAAGUAGAAUUAACAGAGCAACCAGUAAUAACCAGCCCACGUAGCUUAAGGAGCCGUUCUAAAACACCGGAGAAAUUAAUGUCACCGAAGAAAGAACAUUCCACUCGAAGUAAGCGAUCUCUCUCUAGAAUGGUACUCGAAGCAAACACUUUCGCCAAAACCAAACAGCAGAUAGAAAAAAUGGAAACACAGUCUAUUGAAGAAAAAAUUGAAAGCACGCCAGUUAAAUCUUCCAAAGACGUAACCAGUCUGAUGGACGUAACUUUCUCGCCAAUAGUCAACAAAUCCAUCCUACAAAGUUCGACGGAAAGCUUCUUAUCUGUGACUACUGAAAAGAACACACAGAGUAGUGAUGACAAUACUAGUAUGCAAGCCCUACCAGCAUUUACUACAAUUAACGAAAUAUAUGUAGAAAAGUCAGUUCUACAUAGCUAUCAAAGCAGUAUUGCUGAAACUACCCAAGAUGAAACAAAAGACGACAAUAUUCCACAAAGCCAAAUUAAAUCUCUGCCAGCCUUCACUACGAUAAACGAAGAUAUUGGUAAAUCAGUUUUAAAUAGCUUCGAAAGUAGUAUAAAUGAAUCUAGUUUACAAGAAAAAGAUAUAGUAUAUGAAACACCCAAGCUACCAACAACGUCGUUUAAGCUCAAUGAAACAGAUAUAGGAAAGUCUGUAUUAGGUAGUAACGAUACCAGUGCUGCUAUCACUGACGACUCAAUGAGUCAUGUUAAAAACUUAGCUGAGUCCAGCCUUAUGACUAGUGACAGUGAAAUAGAAAUCAAAGAUACCUGGAAGUCCCAAGUAGAUACGCCAGAAACUGCGAGGGUUAUUCAAAAAGAGAAAGAGAAAAUAGUGGAGAUUGAAAGGGAAAUAAAUGAGAUAGAAGGAGAGAUGUCGGACGAAUGUCAAGUAGAAUCUGACUCUAGUGACUCGAGUGAAGAUACUGAAGAUUCUAGUGAGGAAGUCCCUGAAGAGUCUAAUGAGAGUGUUGAAGAUUCAGAGGAAGAUAAUUCGGAUUCGGAUACUGAUUCUGAUUCUGAUUCUGAAAGUGAACAAGACAAUGAAGUCAUUUCUAUCGCGGAUUCCGAUGAAUCAUCAGACGCAAAUAAACUGCAAAUAGAUGAGGCACCAAUCGCACCGAAAAAGGAAGAAAUAGAAAAUUUUAUAAUCGAAGAGGUUGUUGAAAUGCCAGUUACUGAAAAAGACGUGAUUGUGGAAAACCCAAUAGAGGUAGAACAACAAAAAUCUAAUGAAGAGAAAGAAAUGGUCAUUGAAACUACAGCAGUUGAAGAUUCAAGGGAACAAUUAAACGAAGGUCGUAAUAUGUCAAUACUGACUGACGAUAAUUCGAUCAAUGAAUCUGAUCAAUCGGUCAGUUUAAAUUAUUCUGAUGAAAAUAAAGUCGAAAAUAAUAAGAAAGAAGAAAAUAUCGAAGAAAUGGUAAUAGAUCAAGCUGUUAACAUAGACGUCAUAGUAGAAGUGCAACCUGCUACUGAAGUUCCUUCUCAAGGUAUAGAAGUCGAAAAAUCCUCUGAUAUUGAAACAAUGGAUGUGGUCGAUGCAGGCAUUGACACACCUAAAGAUAUAGAAACUGUUUCAAAUAAUGCCGUGCCAGAGAAAGUGAAAUUAACGUUGCCGCAAGAAUCACUUCAAGAAAAGAAAGAGGAAUCUAAAAGGAUUGAAGAACAAGAAAAACCUGCAGAUUCCAUACAAAGAACUAAACCUACGACUUCAAGUAAAUCUAAUGAAGUUGAUCAAUUAGAAGAAGCCAAUACUUCUGCACAAAGAAGAACUGAAUCGACGACAUGGAAUGAUACACCCAAAGGAAUCGAACAUAUUAUUGAUAAGUCAGUUCCAAAAGAAGAUAAAUUAACAUUGCCGCAAGAAUCAAUUCAAGAAAAGAAAGAUGAAUCAAAAACUACUGUAAAAGAAGGAAAACCUCAUUCCAGACAACGAACUAAGUCAACAACAUCGAAUAAAUCUAAAGAUAAAGCUGAUCAAGUAGAAGACCUAAAAACUUCUACACGUAAAGGAACUGAAAUGACGAACAUCAAACCUAAAGAAAUAGUAAAUACAUCUGAUAAGCUACUACCAGAAAAAAUGGAAAUAGCAAUGCCACAAGAAUCUUAUCCAGCAAAGGACGAGAAAUCUGAAAAAAAUGAAGACGAAGAAAAACCCACACAUUUCAGACAGCGAACUAAGUCAACUUCUUCGAAUAAAUCUAAAGACAAAGUGGAACUGUUAGAAAAAACAAAAAGUUCUACACGUAAAAGAAGUCAAUCAACGGCCUCGAAUGAUACACCCACAGAAACUGUAUUUGACAAACCAGUUCCAGAACAAAUGGAAAUAACAUCGCAUCAAGAAUCUCUGCAAGAUAAGAAAGAGGAAUCUGAAAAUCCCACUCAUUUCAGACAACGAACUAAGUCUACAUCUUCGAAUAAAUCUAAAGACGGAGUUGAACAAAAAGAGAAAACAAAAACUUCUACACGGAAAAGAACUCAAUCUACGGCAUCGAUUGAUACACCCAAAGAAAUAGAAACUGUAUCUGAAAAUCCAGUGGCAGAGCAAAUGGAAAUAACAUUACCACAAGAAUCGCUUCAAGAAAAGAAAGAGGAAACUAAACAAAAUGAUGAUGAAGAAAACCCCACUCAUUCCAGAAAACGAAAUAAGUCUACGAGUUCAAAUAAAGCUAAAGAUGAAGUUGCACAAUUAGAAGAACCAAAGACUCCUUCACGAAGAAGAACCCAAUCGACGGCCUCAAACAAAUCUGAAACGGAACAACAAACACCCGAAAAUGAAAGUAAUGUUGAAGUCAGCACCCCAUCUUCUAGGAGAAGAGCUAAAACACCAACUUCAACGGAAGUCAGGAGAAUAUUAACACGUCGUGCGUCUAAAGAACUAAUGGAGCAAGGCGAAGAUGAAUCAAUAAUUCAAGAGGAUGCGCUAACACCGAGGCGUCGUUCUACUCGUUCUAGAAGUAAAAAAGAGGACGAUAAUGUUAGUGUCGUUUCUGAAAGUUCAGUCAAGUCCUCUAGAAGUAAGGCUAGUGACGAUGGGGAUGUUAAAAGUCAAGUAAGGAAAGGUCGAAAGUCUAUACUUAGUACCAAGCCUGAUUUAUCUGUGAUACCAGAAGUAACUACAGAAGAAUCGAAAUCGGAAACCGCAGAGGAUAUUGUUAAUGAAUUGGGUACCAGAAGACUAACGCGCAACCAGAAGGCCGUGCUGGAGUCGUGGCUGGAGCCGAGCCGGCCGGCGCUCGGCGCGCUCGACGAACAAGGCUCACCCGAUCCGGACGAAAUGAGAAACUCGCCAGAUUCUUCCUUCGCUAUUAGACCUCGUCCUCGCAUCGCAAGAUCCGCGUCUGACACGAAAACCAGCGAGAAACCAGCGAGAAUCGCUAGAAGGACGUCUGUAGAUAUCGUGGUGGCGGGCGCGGCGGGCGCGGCGGGCGCGGCGGGCGCGGCGGGCGCGGCGGGCGCGGCGGGGUCGCCGGCGGACAGCCCGGCGCGCGCGCGGCGCGUGUCGUUCGCGCGCGCGUGCGAGGCGCUGCACACGCCCAAGUCGCGCCGCUCCUCAACCGACACGCGAAAAGACGAUUCGAUCAGUCAGCCAGGAUCUCCCCCAGAAACUCCCACUCGCAAGGCCGAUACCAGCCAAGUCAAAGAGUCAGCCAGGAAAACACGAAGAAAUUCAGAUAAAAAUAAAGAAACAAAGGAGUAGCUCGUUAUUUAGUUAGUUAAUUAUUUUACUUUUUACUAAUGAUCUAGAUAAUGUAUCGGGUUUGCAUUUACAUAAAUAAAUGAAAAUAUUAAAACAUU